AUUUGGGUUUCGUUGUUUUUAUUGUGUCUGUGUAAUGCAUUUUGUUACUGCACUUUUAAACAGUUAAUUCGAAUGUGACGAGAAUACACAAGAUGGCGGACAAGAGCAACGCAUUCAAACUGUUUCGAACUGUUGAUCCGUCCACAGUGAAUGUGCCGAUAAAAGACAAAUUUGCCAAACUGACGCUCUCCUCAAAUAAGAAAAAACAAUUGGCCAGUGAAAAUAUUGAAAAAACCAACGUAAGUCGCCAACUACUAGGUGAACUAAACGAACGAACACAUGAGAAUCCCUUGCUGCGCAGCGAUUCCUCAGUAUCCUCGAAUAGCAUGAAAAUGGGAGUGGAGCAAAAGGAGCCCAAAACAGUACAGGACGAAAGCACACAACUUGAUGUUUCCGAUUAUAUGGAAGUGCUGCAGCUAAGCGGUGAUGGUUGCACUCAGCGCUCCGAAUACGUCGAUGUGGAGCAACUCUCCACACAAGUCUCCAAUUUAAGAGUACAGCCAAAAGAGGAAGUCUCCAUUUGCAUAUCAUCAACAACUGAGGAAGCAAAUGACGAGGAAGAUGAUGACAACGAAUCGUGUAUUACGAUAUCAGAUAGUGAAACGGAGCAGGAUAAGCAGGAAGAGAAGCAAAAGGAACAGGAAAAGCCCAGCAUGGCCAUCAGUGAGCAAUCGGCUGCUGUUGCCGUGCCCGGCAACAAGCUGCAGCUGCUCGAGGCGUUUCUGCGUGACGUCUCCUUCGAGCGUCGCGAGAUGGAGCGCCGUGGCAUUGUGGACAUGUCAUCGGAUCAGCUGCUGCACUCGCGCAUUGCCAGCGCCGACACUGAAUCCAUGAGCCAGGACAUUGACAUCACACGUUUGUCCUCUUGCUCUCGCCCGUUGGACAGCAGCAGGCUGUUGGCAGACAACGAGACCGAGGUGAAUACGGAGCUGGAUGAGAGCAAACGCUUGGCGGACAAUGAGACCGAGGUGAAUACGGAGCUGAAUGAGAGCAAACGCUUGGCGGACAAUGAGACCGAGGUGAAUACGGUGUGCUCCGAGGAGCAGCAGGAGUUGGAGGACCCGCAACCGAGCUGCCGGCGACUGGCGAACGAUGAGACCGAGCAGCAGUCGGUUGCAGACGACACCAUUCCCGAGACCAGUAGCGAGGCGGAGCAGUCGCCGGUGAGAUCGCGAACAGCAUCCGGAAGCAGCGUGGAGACUGCGAGGGAAACUGAGCGGGAGUUGGGUACGCCAGCAAUACAAGUGAGCAGCAUCAACAUUUCUGCCAAGAUCAACAUUAAGAUACACAUACCCAACAUGGAGUCGAGCAGCGCGGAAUCGGAGUCGGAAGACGAUGAGCAACCGCUUGAACAGCCAGAGGAACAGGCGGAAGAAAAUCAACAACAGCGACAGCAGAAAGAUCGCUCUAUUCUGCAGGCCGAUGCCUCAGAGGAUGAGCAAUUCCUGACGAAUGCCGAGGAACUGUUGAAUCAACUCUAUGGCAAAUCCUGGCAAACUCCCGACGUCAUACGCACCCUGAAACGCGCAAGUGGCAGUGGUGGCAAGACUGCAACGAGAGCGGCAGCGGCAACGAAAGCAUCAACUGUAGAUCGCACUCCGCUGACUGAGCUGCGUCGUCAGCCCAAAUCCCGUCCAGCUGCGGCCACCACAGCCAAGAAACGUCAGCCAGCUGCCAAGUGCAAUGAGAGCGCCUUGGGUGACUUUAGCAUCUUUAAACGCGCUUUGCAUAACAACCAAUUGAAUUCAACGCAUUUGCCGGCGGCAACGGCUGCAGCGAAGAAGGUGGCGGGAACGCGGAGCGCUCGAGUGGCCAAUAAGCAGCAGGUGCGCACAAACCAUGUGUACGAGGAGCGUUGGCGGGCGCUGGUGGACACGGACAGCGGUACCGAUGCCAGCGAUGACGAGGAUGCGGAUGCCACCGAUUGCAGCGUGGGCAGCGGCGACAAUGCUGGCCAUAUGACCUACUUGGAUCUGACCAAAGCGGAGGUGCAGGUGGUCAGCAGUCCCGAUGGCAGCAGCGGCGACAAGUCUCCCAAGUUUCCCAAGAAACUGGAUGAUAUUCUGCGCACUUGUCGCGCCACCGUAAAGCCCAAAAUGUGUGCGACGCCAUCAGCGCCAUCAACGCCAGCGACGCCAUUAAACGUGGACUUGCCACCAACGCGUCGUCAGCUAUUUACGCCCAAUUUUGGCUACGAGGAUGAGAACGCGGCCAAGGCGAUUGUGGAGCGUGCGCUCGACAUGAACAAUCUGGAUGAGCUGGAGAUUUUCUAUCAGCCCGGCAGUACAGUGCACAAGCGUGUCCAGGAGGUGAAGCGCCAAUUGGGCAUUGCCGUCAAGUCACCCAAUGCCAAACCGAUCUUUAAACUGCCGACGACCACGACGCCACAAGUGACGCCCAGUCGAACGCCGUCUGCGCGAAAGCCAACGCCAAAGCAAAAGCAAACACCUCAGGUCCGUGGCAGCGGCAAAUGCAGCUUUAUCAAGUCCCUGGAGAAGGAUGUGAGUCGUGAGUACGCGGACAAUGAGGCGUACUUCUAUCGCGAGAACUUUAAGCGCAACAAGGAAGAACUGGCGACGCGUCUCUAUGACAUGUUCAAUGAGAAGGUGUUCAACAACAAGCUGCAGGUGCCCAUCGUUUGGACAAAGAUGCUGCGCAACACAGCGGGCAGAUGCCGCAACAAGCGCAAACUUAACGAACGCAUGUGCGUACUGGAGCUGAGCGUUAAGGUGUUGACAAGUGCGGAUCGUUUGCGCUGCACACUGAUCCAUGAGAUGUGCCAUGCAGCGACCUGGAUCUUUAACAAUGAGGGCGGACAUGGACGCACCUGGAAGCAGUGGACAUAUCGCGCCAUGGCUGCGUUUCCCGAUCUGCCAUCUAUCAAUGUGUGUCACGACUAUGAUAUUGAAUUCAAGUACACUUAUCGAUGCGAAGCCUGUGACGUGGGUUCCAAGGCUCAUUCGCGGCAUCGCAAGGUGGACAACAUACGCUGUCGCCUAUGCUCGGGCCCAAUUCAAUUGUUCAUUAACAAGAAGGAUAAGCAGGGCAAUGUGCAAAUGCAGCCGGUGCGCGAGGCGACGGGAUUCGCCAAGUUCGUGAAGGAGCAGUUUAAAAAGCACAAGCGACCAGAUCUCACAGCGGCCCAAGUGAUGCGCAUACUGAGCGUGGAGUAUGCCAAGCAAAAGGACAACAAGGCCGCAACAGGAGCUGCGGGGGCAACAGAUGACUUAAUUGCCAAUCAAGUGGAAACUUUAGCAUUAGACGAUGAUGACGAUGACGAAAAUUAAGUUCAAGACAAACUGACAAGUACAAUCUAUAUGUAUAUUUUACAUAGUAUAUAAGUUUUCGUUUUAAUAGAAUAAAAUAAAGAUGAAACAGU